AUGGUGACGGGGACAGAGACUGCUGCAACAGAGGCUAUCACUGAUAGCUGUAUGGAUGAAGUUGACUUGGAGACGAUGAAAGUUAUUCAAGAACAGUUCCUCGCUGUUGAUGCCGACGAAAUUAAAGAAGUUAGCGAGCAUUCCAAGCAGAUUAAAUUCAAGUCUGAAAUUGUAUGGAGGAAUGUGGCGUUAUUUGCAUCUCUCCAUGUUGCAUCACUGGUCGGUCUUUAUCAGUUUAUUUUCGUGGCCAAAUGGCCAACCUUAUUUUGGUAUUGCGCCUGUUGGCUUAUGGGCGUUAUGGGUAUCACCGCUGGGGCACAUCGCCUUUGGUCACAUCGAAGUUACAAAGCUAAAUGGCCUGCUCGACUAGGAAUGUUUUUUGCUCAUAUGGGUUGGUUGAUGGUUCGGAAACAUCCGGAAGUGAAAAGGAAAGGUUCCCAACUGGAUUUAAGUGAUUUGUUCAACGAUCCUAUCUUGGCAUUUCAAAGAAGAUACUGUUCUACUCUGCAUGGUACAUGGCUGAUCAAUUCAUUGGCGCACAAAUAUGGCUUCAGGCCCUACAAUCCAAACAUAACACCUGUUGAAUCCUUAUGGUUAGCAGUGACAGCAAUGGGUGAAGGUGGUCAUAACUAUCAUCACACUUUUCCACAAGAUUAUCGAACAUCUGAAUAUGUGCUUCACUUUAAUGUCACAAAAUUAUUCAUCGACAUACUGUAUUUCUUAGGACUGGCCUACGAUAUGAAAGUUGUUCCACAAGAGAUAAUUGAACGACAGAAAGCAAAAUACGUGAAGAAAUGUGAUUGA